UUAAUAAGAAAUCAUUCCGUUACUAUAUAGGCAUGGCCUAUCCAAAUUUUAUUCUUCUAUUCGGAGAUCGAACUCUGGAAGAAUUAGAUUGAUGGCUGUUAACUGUACUUCCUCAAUUCAAAUCCCAAUUCAGAAAUAUGGAUCAUUUCUCAAGUACCCCAACAAAAAAUUGAUGCCCAGACGCAGCUAUGUCCCACUGAAAAAGGCAUCGGUACUGAGGAUCACAGCAUCCAUCAAGAACAAGGUUUAUGAAGAUCACUCUCAGGGCAUAAUCUGCUACCAAGAUGAGUUUGGAGAAAUAAUUUGUGAAGGGUAUGAUGAAGGGUCUUGUUUCCAAAGAAUUCCAGAGCCAACCAAUCGUCCAAGAGAUGCUCAAAUCACGACGAAUCUUCUUCUACGACAAAGUUGGCUUCAGAUAGUUAAAGGAGAGAACUCGAAUGAUGGUCUGCAAAAGGACUUGAACUGUAAUGGCUUUAACUCAUUCUGCUAAUUACCUUAGUGAGCAUCAUCAGAAAUUAAGACUUUAUUGUAUUUGCAGAGGGUUUUGUUCCUAAUGCUCAUGCCUCUUGCGAAUUGUAACUUUUAUAAUGGCAAUGCUUUUCUUAAUUGCCUUUACUUUUCGACUAGUUUUUUGUAUUAUCUGAUGAUAGAAAAUGAUGAUGACUUCCCAUCACAAAGCAAUAAAUUUAAUUGAAUGUAUGUCUUUGUAUUCUAAAAAGACAAAUUAA